AUGGCGGUCGAGACGGACAAGGAGAAUAUCGCUGAUGGCCUGCGCGCCGACCUGUUCACCAAGAGGGCUUCUGUCUCUCCCAAGAAACCCACAAAGAAAACAAGAAGCAAGAGCAUUGGGCCUGGUGGACUCGAUGCGCCGCUCAAGGAGGACACCGCAAAUCGCCGAAAGUCGGCCUUCAUACCCGCCGUCAAAUCCAUCCUCGCCUCCAAGGAAGACGAAAUCAAGCGGAAAGAAGCGCGUAGGAAGUCUUUGGCAAACCGACGCGUCUCAUUUGCUCCGGAAGCAACGCUACACACAUGGGACGUCAUUGAGUACAUGCGCGAUGCGACGACAUCCUCCGCGUCCUCCAAUUCCACCAGGAGGGCUUCCUCCAUGACCGAAGGCACAAUCGCUCAAUCACCUCAGCCGAAUGCGCAAUUGCCAGCGCCAAGUUCGGAUCCUGGUGAGCCUCCAUCAACACCGCCGGAACAGGUCGAGGAACCGCUGCCUUGCUCGUCUCCUGCCAACCAGCGCGACCUGCAUCAGCGAAAGCGCCGUCGACGUAGCUCUGGCAUACCGCCUAUGAACUUCAACAAUCCCGAUGACGCGUUUUCAUCCAGUCCGUACAGCAGCAGCCCGACCCACGGGAGUGAUGAUAUAGAGCAAGUGUCCGACGAUGGAGAGAGCACUGCUAUGAGCUUGGACGUUGGCGACGCGGCGGAGGAUACCUUACAUUCCGAUGAUGGCGACUCCACAGGAUCAAGCGCACGUCUGGACGAAGCGCUUCGCCUAGCGGCGGCGCAAGCUGGCACUCAGGGUAUAGGCUUUGACGAGAACGAGGACGUCUCGAUGGAGAUGGCCGGAGACGAAAUCACAGCUGCGUUCAAACCAUGGGUGCAGAAGACCGCAGAAGCAUCCAAGUCGGAAAACCUUCUGUCCUUCUUAGAAGAUCAGGAAAAUGUCAACCCGUUUUCGCCAGCAUUCAAGGCGCAUGCCGUUUCGAAUCUCGCGCAGCAUGCUGACGAGCCGGCUGAAGAGACCGAAGACAUGAGCAUGGAUAUCACUCGUGCAGUGGGAGGCAUCGUGCAGUACCCACAGCUGCGGCAAUUCGAAGAGAUGGAAGAUGCCACGAUGGAUCUAACUACUGCCGUAGGCGGCAUUCACGCUGUUGCCUCCGAAACAAAAGGCAACCGACGAGGCAGUCUCAAGAGGCGGCGAUCUUCAACCAUGGCCCCCGCUAUGCUUGGGGCAGAUGCUCAAGGAAGCCCUGCAAGAAGGCCAAACGCCCGUCGUGCUAGUUUGAGAAGGAGGAGCUCUUCUCAGGAAGAGUCAUCGCUUGAAGAUGCCACGAUGGAUUUGACGAUGGCUAUGGGUGCCAUCAAAGAGACUACGGUAGAAGAGCACAUCGAGCGGCGCGAUAGUAUUGACACUUCGUUCGGCGACGGAACCAUGGAGUUCACCAUGAUAGUCGGCGGGAUCAAAGAAUCUGCGUCAGAACGGGAGAUUACCGAAGUGGAAGAGGAAGUCGCUCAGGAUGAUAACGAGGAGCUAUCAAUGGAAUUUACUGCUGUGAUAGGCGGUAUCCAGAAGAGCGUAGCUGCUUCUCCGAAACGCUCGAGUGUUUUGGCGACGCCCUCUCCGAAAGGCCGGCAGAGCCUGUCGCCUCGCAAAGAUUCAACGCCUUCGGCCACAGAGAUUUCGCAGAACCUGGGACCUUCAUCUGAUCCUAAAAGAGAUAUACCGGCGACACCGCAGAAGUCACGGCAGUCGCCCGCGAAGAGUAUUGCACCUAGGACGCCUGAGAACUUGCCACAGAUCCAGGAUUUCGCUGCGGAGAAGGAGAACAAUCCAUCGCCCAUUGCUGCGAAGAUGACGCGCAGUGCUACGCGAAACGCUGCUCAGCUGUCCACGCCGCCUAGCAAGCUGCUAUCCGCGACUGAACCUGUGCAGGUUUCGCCCAUCCAAGUUCAGUUGCUCCGGGAGCCGCUGGCCGAAAAGCCAGUAAACAUCUCGCCGCAGCAACCACCGCCUACGAGAAGCACAAGCGCCCUGACGGACUCCAUCAAGCUGCUCUCGACGCCUAGGAAACAGGUCAAUACCUCACCGCUGAAACGCGUAGCUGCUUUGACACCAAAGAAGCAAGCGACUCCGAAGAAAGAGCCGACCCCGAGGAACAAAACCCUAACUCCAAGAAAGAGCGCCUCGCCGAAGAAGCAUGUCCGAAUAACUGCUGUUGAGGCUUCGCCAACCAAGGAUUCGCUAUCCCCUGCGGAUACUGCUGAUGAGGUGGUAGCCAACGAAGAGCGAAUUGAGUUGCAAGAUUUCUUGAACAUGACCAAAAUUCGGUUCAUGGACUUGACUACGAGCAAGAGGAGGCACACCGCAUUCCCCAGCGCUGCACAUGAUGGUAAAGCGCUGAGCGCUUUGGAUCAGACAGAGGGCGCGGCUCCAGAUCUAGAGAGCUGCGUCGUUGCUGCUGUGUGCACAGUACCUCAACUUGAGAUGUUCCAACACUCCUGCCAUGAGCUCAAGAAGUAUAUAUCAGAAGGCAAAGACGUCGUCCGCCAAAUCGAAGCAGACACGUACGGCGAGAACCCACCCCUUUUCCGAGACUACCUCGCUGCACCCCUCGACCAGCGCCAUCUGAUCGACAACCAGCUCAAGAAUUUGAGGACAAACAUGCGCCUUCAAAGCAAGGAGAUCUGGUACGGCUGGCGCAGCAACCUCCUCGAAAAUCUCAAGACCGGCCUCAUGAGGACCGAAGAGGAUCUGGCCAACGACGAUCUCACGCUAAAACAGCAGGAAGCGCUGCUGGAAACCUUGAUGCCAGUCUUAACGUCCAAGCACGAGCGGCUGCAGGCGGAGUGCACGCAGCUUCACGAACGCGCCGAGGAGCUCCAGGGCUGCGACAAGGAGGAACUGGACGAAGCACGCGAGCGUCUCGUCGCUGCUGACGCCGAUAUCGGAGAGAAGAAGCGCCUGAUCGAGGCUCUGCAGCAGGAACUCAUUGAGAAAGAACGCUCCAUCGAAGCUGCCAAAGAGCGCAAGCUCGAGUGCGCAGAAGAGAUCAAGGCCGCGGAGCGCGUGCGCGAAGAGUGUCGCGGCUGGUCCGCCAGCGAGGUCGCUGCUCUAAAAUCCAAAGUCCAGACCCUAGAAAUGAGCCACGGUUGGGCCCUCACGGCCGCAACAGACCAAACAGUCACACUAACCUACCGCACACACCUCCAACUAUACUUUCACCCAUCCUCCUUCAACUCUUCGACCACCACCCAGACACCCAACGCACCCAUCUCCCUCACCUACACCGGCGCCGACGCAACAAACCCCGCCCCGCUAACAACAACCCUGCGCUUCUUCCUCCAGCUCCUCCGUGCGCAUCUGCACUCCCUCCCCCAGUCCACAACCCCCGUCCCAGCGCUGCUGCGUCUGGUAAGCGGGGGCUGGGACAAGGCGCUUGCGGUCGCGGGGGCGGUGAGGGGGUUAAGGAUGGAGUGGAUCACUGAGGAAAGCAUCUUAAGCGAUGAGGCGAUGGCGGUGAGGUCUAUGGUGUUGCUGCCGGGGCUAGGCACGAAAGUAUGGUGCGGUUUUGAGGUUGGCGUGGGGCUUGGUGGGGGAGGUGAGGGGUGGGAGGUGGAAGUGGGGACGCGGGCGCAGGUGGCGUAUGGGGAGAAGUAUGAUGAGGGGAAGAUGGCGGAGUUUUUGGGACAGUUUGUCGGGAAGGGAGUAAAGGAUGUGAAUGAGAUGGGUAUCUGGGCGAAGGCGGUGGGGGAAUUAAAGGGGAGGCUGAUCGCUAGAGGCAGGAAGGGAUAG